AUGGCUUUAUUUAAUAAUCACCACCAUGUCCUAUUAGCAAUGCUAAUAGAUUAUUUUGAUGAUUCAGAUCAUAUUGAAAGACCUAGGCUGAGAGUUGCCCGAAAAUUUAAUGCUCGCACUGUUUUGUCCCAAUUAACAGAUGAGGAAAUCAGACUGAGAUACAGGCUAGGUCGAACAGCUAUUUGUGAAUUAUAUGACAAAAUCAAACAUUACCUAGAGCCAACCACAAAGCGCAGCCUUCCUAUUCCUGGAAUUUCUAAACUAUUAGGGACAUUACACUUUCUUGCAUCGGGCUCAUUCCAGACAACUAUUAGUGCAUGCACUGGCUUCAGUCAGCCAUCAUUUUCUAAACAUUUAAAAUUUGUCCUGGCUGGUAUUUGCAGUUUAGCAGCAGAGCUGCUGAAAUAUGACAUGGAUCCUGCAAAUUUGGCCAAAAUGAAGAGUGAUUUCUACAGUAUUGCUCAAAUGCCAAAUGUCAUUGGGGCCAUUGACUGCACUCAUGUAGCUCUCAUUCCACCAGCUGACAAAGAGCGUUUUUAUUAUAAUCGUAAAGGGUUUCAUUCCAUUAAUGUACAGGUUGUCUGUGAUGCAUCGUGCAGAAUCCUGGAUGUUGUUUCAAAAUUCCCUGGAUCAACACACGACUCUUUCAUAUUUAGAAACUCACACUUGCAUGAAAGGCUGCAAUCAGGAGAAGCUGGAAGUGGAUGGCUGCUUGGAGACAGUGGUUAUUCCGUUAAACCAUGGCUUAUAACACCACUACUUAAUCCACAAAAUGAAUCAGAAGAGAAUUUUAAUAGCAGCCAUAAAGCCACAAGGUGUAUCAUUGAAAGAACCUUUGGAAUUCUGAAGAGUCGAUUCAGAUGUUUGGACAAAACAGGGGGUGCCUUAAUGUACAAACCUGAAAAAGUCUGUCAGAUUAUUUUUUGUUGCUGCAUACUGCAUAAUUUUGCCCUCCUGCAUAAGGAAAACAUGGAGAUUGCACAGGAUCUGACACCACAAUCAGAGGAUGUCAUUGAGCCAAAUAGUGAAAUAAAUCAAGAAGGCGUGCUGAUACGCAGGCAACUUAUUCGUGAUUUUUUUACUGGUUGCACUAAAAUGCCUUCUGAAAAGAAUCCACCUAUCACACAAUCUGAAUUUUAUGAAAAAGAUAUGUUGGCAUAA